UUGACAUUUCGUAAGAGAUUUCGAGUCUAGAACUGUCAAACUAUAAGAAAUUUAAAAAUAAUUUAAACAUAAUUGGUUUAUGUGGUAUAAAAUACGAGGAGAUAAUUUUUGUGACGGAUGUUAUGAGAUUACAAAGAAAGCUUUAAAGGAAAGUAAAGAUGAAUGCUGAAAAAGUUAUGGGGGAUGGUGCUCAAAAUGAUGUUGGUCCAGUGCCAGCUUCGUUACCCUUGAACCAUCGUUUUAUAACACCAGAAAAAGCUGUUAAGACGAUAUCUGACAUGGCAAUUUGGGAGAAGUCUGAGGCAUAUAUGGAAUACACUGGUUUUAUUGUGACAUUAAAUGAAGCUAUCAAAGGGAAACCAUUGUCUGUUGACUGUAAAGUAUCUGAAAAUGUAAUGAAAAUAAUGGAUAUGCUUGAAAAAAUAAAUAAACUUAUUGAUGAGUUUCCUCCUAUUGAACAACCGCAGAGAUUCGGUAAUGCAGCUUUUAAGGACUGGCUUACAAAAGUUAAAAGUAUCACAACAGUAAUGUUACAAGAAACUUUAGAUCUCAAGCUCCAUCUAGCAAUACCUGAAAUUAAAAUAUAUUUAGAAGAAAGUUUUGGAAAUGCUACCAGGAUUGAUUAUGGUACUGGCCAUGAAAUGUCAUUUGUUAUGUUUCUAUGUUGUCUCUACAAAAUCGGAGCAUUGCAAGCUGAAGAUAAUGUGGCCACCGUAUUUAUGAUAUUCAAUAAAUAUAUUAAUAUAGCGAGAACAUUACAAAAAACUUACAGAAUGGAGCCUGCGGGUAGUCAUGGUGUCUGGAGUCUAGAUGAUUACCAAUUCAUACCGUUUAUUUGGGGCAGUUCACAGCUAAUUGAUCAACCUAAAAUUUAUCCACCAGCUAAAUUUCUUGAGGAUGAUAUUAUUGAUAAAUAUGCUGAUGAAUAUAUGUUUCUUUCAUGUAUAAAAUAUAUAAAAGAAGUUAAAACUGGUCCAUUUGCGGAACAUUCUAAUCAGUUAUGGAGCAUAAGUGCUGUAGGGUCAUGGCAGAAAAUCAAUCAAGGACUAAUUAAGAUGUAUAAGAAAGAAGUUCUAAACAAAUUUCCGGUUAUCCAACAUGUUCUUUUUGGAUCUCUUCUUCCCAUACGUAGAUUUCCUAUUACACAUUGAUUUCUUUUUUUAAUGACGUGUGGAUUAUUAACUGUAUUUAAGUUAAUCAGUAUUAACUAUGUGCAAAUUAUUUUGUCGAUGCCAGUGGGCAUAAGGAAUGUGAUAUUUGUGUAAAAUUAUAUACUUAACUAAGUAAUAGAUCUACUAAUUUUUUUUAUUUAUAACAGGUAUUACUUAGAUCAGUCAUCACAUAAAUGAAACUUAACAAAGAUCAUAUUUUAUGUUUCUCCUCUUGUUUGACAUUUUAACAUUUAUAAAAUUGCUAAUUUGGGGUUAAAUAAAACACAAGUAAAUAUUUGUUUUU